AUGUCGAUUAGUUGGGGAACGCAGUAUUCGAAACUGAAAACAAAUCUUCGUUUGGCAAUUAAUCGUUUGAAAUUAUUGGAGAAGAAGAAAACUGAGAUCGCGCUGAAAUCACGCACCGAAAUUGCUGAUUUCAUUGCAAAUCAUAAGGAAGACCGCGCUCGUAUCAGAGUAGAAAACAUCAUAAGGGAAGAUUUUCUUGUCGAGGCAUACGAGUUGCUGGAAAUGUAUUGCGAUCUUAUUCUGGCACGAUUUGGUCUCAUAGAACAAAUCAAGCAACUUGAUGAUGGAAUUGCUGAAGCAGUAAUUAAUAUUAUAUGGGCUGCUCCUCGUGUGGCAACAGAUGUGAGUGAAUUCAAGGUGAUUAGCGACCAACUGACCAUGAAAUAUGGCAAAACCUUUGCUGAAGCAGCGCGUAAUAACCAACUAGAAUAUCCUGCUAAAGUAUCACCAAAACUGAUAGCCAAACUAGGUGUGCAAGCACCUCCGAAACUUUUGGUGGAGCGAUAUAUGAUCGAAAUUGCAAAAAGUGCAGGAAUACCGUUCACUCCUGACCCAAAUAUUAUGCGCGAAGACGAAGUUGCUGCUGCUGAACAGAUGCUGAUCGAUUUUAGAAAUCAAGGCGGACAAGGUUAUGGUUGGAUGUAUCCCGAUGACAGUGGUUCAGAUAAUAAAAAGCCGCCUUUUCCACCACCGAAUGAUGGAUCUAUGUAUUAUCCGGGACCACCUCCUCCUGCUGGAUUUAAAGGUGCAUUCGGGAGAAAUGAUGAGGAAAAUAUUCCAGCUUCUGCACCAUUGUCAGAUCCAAAUAAUUAUGGUAAUUGUAAUUAUCCAUGUCUGAAUCAGAUCGAUGAUUCAUCGGGAAAGAUCAAAAUUAAGCCGAACAUAUCACCAGGAGUUCCAUCGGCGCCUCCCACAGAUGCUAAUUCAGUCCCUUCAAAAAUAGAUCCUAAUACAACCCCAGAGUUUCCUGAACCACCGACUGAUUUUCCGGAAAUGUUCAACCCACCACCCUUUCCACCACCGAAAAGUAAUUACGAACAGCAACCAGGUAUUGCCGGUGGAAACGAUGAGCUUGAUUUUGAUGAUUUGGCGAAACGCUUUGAUAUGUUAAAGAAGAAAAAUGUCAAAUAG